AGAGAUCUCGCGUUCAAAGUUCUACUGCCUCAAACUCACCCCAGCCUGUGACUUCAAGUACCAGUAGUCCAUUUGUAUCAUCAAGUCAUGGUCAUCCUUCCUUCAACCCUGUCAAGUUGGGAUCUCGUGGAUCCAAUGCAUCCGACAGUCGGGUGCCCAAACCUCCAAAGCCUCCAGACAAACCACUUAUGCCAUACCUGAGGUACAGUCGUAAGGUUUGGGACCAGGUAAAAGCACAAAAUCCAGACUUGAAAUUAUGGGAGAUAGGAAAGAUUAUUGGCCAAAUGUGGCGGGACCUUCCAGAUGAUUCCAAACAAGAAUUUGUUGAUGAUUAUGAAACUGAAAAAAUGGAGUACAAUGAAGCACUGAAAUCAUACCACAAUUCCCCGGCUUACCAGGCUUGGGUUGCAGCUAAAGUCCGAGCUCAGCAGGCUGCAGAAGAGAAAGAAGCCAUGGACAGGAGUCCUGCAUCUACACUUAUACCACUCCAGAAAACUGAUAAAAAGAUUUAUAUACAGCCUGCAGAAGAUGAUGAUGCUGCUAGUGACGAAUUUUCAGUGAAGCAUGUGGCUGCAGCUCGAUAUUUGAGAAAUCAUCGUUUAAUUAAUGAUAUAUUUGGAGAUACAGUUGUUCCAGAUGUUCGAUCAGUUGUCACAACAGCUCGAAUGAGUGUUUUGAAACGACAAGUUCAGUCUUUAACUAUGCACCAGAAAAAGUUGGAAACGGAAUUACAACAAAUUGAAGAAAAAUUUGAAGCCAAACGAAAAAAAUUUUUGGAAGCCAGUGAAACAUUUCAAGAAGAGCUCAAAAAGCGCUGCUAUAAAGGUGUUGACAGCUCAACAUACCAGAAAAUGGUAGAAAAAGUGCAUGAGCAAAUGAAACGAGAAAUGGUAACAUCUCAGGAACAGCAACAACCUUCAAAGUCAGAUGAACGUGAACAACCAGAUCAGCAGGAAAUGGAAGUAUCUCAGUCAUCUAUAGAUUCCACUAGUGAUACUCAAUCAGAAAAAGCGCAGAAGGAUCUAGAUGUUAAGCAAAUUGACAGGAAGAUAAUGAUGGAACCUUCAUCUGAAAAUGAAGAUAUUGCAAUUGGUCAGGACUCAAUGGAUCAUAUUUUGGCCUCUGAUGAAAGUUCUACUGGAGACAUUAUCCAGAAGCUUACCAAAGCUUCAGCUCAUGAAGGCAAGUUGAAGUCUACUCAGGACGAUUCACAGCAGGAUUUAGAAUCUUAUAACCAGAUAAAACCAGAAGAUAAUGCUAAACAACACAUUACUCCUAAAUCUCCCGGAACAGAAGUUAAAGGUCUUCCUGCAUACACUAUUAAUUGUGAUCAAGGCAUUUCUGAGCAACAAGAGGAUAGUUUUUCAGAGCCAAUUGAAGAAGAAGAUGGCACUAUGAAUUCAGAAAACUCUUAAAGCAAAAACAAAAGUGUUUCUCUAAAGAGAAAGUUAUAAGGAUAAUAUUCUGUCAUUAAAAAGGUACUCACUGAAAUUGUAGUUUUUCUAAAAGAGAAAAAACUAAUACUUGGUUUAUAAUUAAAAUAAACCAAGACAUUGUUUUUCAAGAUAAAGAAUGUUUUUGUCAACUGAAUGUCAACAAUAAAAGGUCUUGAAUAUUAAA